AUGGACAAGGAUGCUGAUGCCCUGAACAAUGACUUCAUUGGGGAAUGCAUGCAGGCCAUCAACAUGUAUUCUGGAGAUGCAAAGAAGAGGUCAUAUGGGGUGCAAGACAAGUACAGGAUGAGUGGGGCUGCAGUGGAGCAGGCAAUACUGGUGGUGCCACAAAGGAUGGAAGAGCUUUUAGCCUCCAAUCCCAUUCUCUGGAUCCUGACCAAAGUCUGGUUGGAAUUUAUGGCUAGACACAUCAGGGCCCUCCAGUUUGCUCAGAUCUCUCUCAAGGAACUGGAACCACCCAACCUUGGGAUUCUGACCAGCAUCAUCUGCCACAUGAUUCAGUGCACGUCCACCACUGAAAUAAUCCUCAACUUCCAUGUGAGAGAGUCCAUGGCCCUUCUGCAGGUCUCCAGGGUGUGUGAGCGGUUGGGAAUGUUCUUCCUUUUGGACCUGGACUUGCAUCAUGUCCCCCAUCUUCCAGAAGUUCAGGAUCAUGAUGACUUGGAGGUGCUCAAGCUGAUGGAGGGAAAGUUGAAGAGGGGUGACAGACAACCUGCCUGGCCAAGGAUUCCCCCUCUGGACAAAGUGGAACAAUUUCCCAUUGGCAAGAGGGUCAACCUGUUUUUCCCAGGACCCACAGCAGGACAACCUUCAUGGAGGUCACCAUGGAAUGUCUUCUGGACAAAGCCUGGCUAUAUUUGGGAGUAUCACCAGGUGAUGAAGAACAGGAUGCCCCUGGAGGAGUUUGAGGUGCUGGACCACCUUGGCAGGAUAUUUUCUGUCCUUCAGACAUUACCUGAUGUGACCAAAGGGAGUGAAAAGAGUCCUGGGAAGACAUGGUGGGUGGAGGGUGAGAAGGUGGUUCUGGUGACAAAUCCCAAGUUCUACAAGAUCAAGGGUAUCUCCACCAAGAAGGAACAGCAACAGGCCAGGAGAUGA